CAUUGGAGAUGCCAAGUUGCUGCUGGUUAGGGGACAGCAUGAUCCUGCUCUACAUCCUAGCUAAAGCUAAGCUAGCUUAACUAGCUACUUACUCCCUCUUUUCCGAGGCUUAAAAACCGCUUAAUCACGAGACCAAAAGGCGGCGCCUUUGAUCGCUUUACAGCCCUGCUCUGUCCUCUUGCAGUGCCCAUGCAUCUACUACUACCCUGACGCAUUCGCGCAAUUGUGCAUCGUCCCAUCGCAGUUGCACAACGAACGAGACAACAACGAGGUGACAGAGUAGCGAUGCAGUUUUUCUCGGGCAGGAGCAAGCUUCGGCAGAAGAAUGGUGACGGCAAGAACCAGGCCGAUGCCUCCACGGCAAAGGCCGCGAAGCACAAGGACGGCAGGUGCCGUGCUCUGUGCUGCGGCGCGUCCAGGCUCAGCGUCUCCUCGUCGGCGUCCUGCUCGACCUUGGACGCGGCGCCGGAGACGCGAGGCCACAUGUCCGACCUCGCCCACGGGAUGGUCCAGGCGAGGCUGCAGUCCAUCAUCGACGCCGCAGCCACUGACGGCCGCCGGUCGUCGGCGCGCGGCGGGUCGACGGAGCUCGCGGACCAGCGCCAUCGCUGGCCAUGCAGCAGCUGCUCGUGCGCGAGCGUUGGCGGCGGCGGCUACGAGAAGAAGAGAGCGCCCAGGGCGCGCGAGCGGAAGCCGUGCGUCGUGCUGGUCGCCGUGGACAGGAGGACCUACGAGCCCCGGGAGGAGUUCCGGCGGUCCAUCGCGGAGGUGAUCGCGGCGAAGCGGAUGGCCGAGCCGGCGGAGCUGCGGGCGCUGCUCAACUGCUACGUGUCAGUCAACGCGCGCGAGCACCGCGCCGCCAUCCUCGACGCCUUCCACGAGGUCUGCUCCGGCCUGUUCUCCAGCUGCAAGGGUUGAGGAGGCUUUACCGUCCGUCGUUCAUGUGCGCGCGCGUGUGCAUCUGUCCUACUCUCGCUACGGCGAAGUGUGAUUGUAUUAGCGUGAUAACUUCUCUUCCCUGCUGCAAUAAUGUGCUCAAGCCUCAAGCACAGUGUGCCUAUCUUAGGCAAUUUGCCUUCUGUACCUAUCAAAAAUUCAGAUGUAGAUUUUGACAAUAAGUGUAAGGUAAAUAUUAAGUUUCCUUUUUCUAGUUGAAUUUGCUUGCAACAUUUUUUUACCAGCACCCACCUAGGGCGCGGUCGACCGAGAUUUAACAUUACUUUUUGGUCGACGGUGCCACCGCUUGUUCC